UUUUCACCAUUACAUACAUUAUAAUCAUAUAUAUCCAUGGAGGAAGAAGAAGCACCUCUCCUGUUCAGGUGCCCCAUCUCCAUGGAUCUCAUGGCGGAUCCGGUCACCAUCGCCACCGGCGUCAGCUAUGAGCGCAAGAACAUCGAGAAGUGGCUGCUGACCUACAAAAGGUCGACGUGCCCUGCGACGAUGCAGCACCUCGACACCCUCGACCUCACGCCAAACCACACGCUCAAGCGCCUCAUCUCCACGUGGCUCGACAAGCAAUCGGCGAACCCUAACACCACCGAUCAGCGCAGCACCGGUGACCUCAUCUCUCGGUUGACCGACAUCGAAUCCUCCCCCUUCAAGGUCAACUCCCUCAGGAGCCUAAAGUCAAUGCUGGAGACAAGCGAGGAGAUGCAAAACCGUCUCCUCCGGUCGGGUGGGAUCGAAGUGUUAGCUCGGAUAAUGUCGCAGGCGACGGCUGCGGCGGAUAUCACCGACUUCUCAGCCUUUCGAGCCUGCGAGGAGGCGGCAGGCGUCGUUUCUGUUCUCCCUUUAUACGACGAAGCAUCGUCAUCGGCGGCAGAGAUAUUACUACGGCCGAAGUGCGUAAAGCCGAUGACGGCGAUCCUCCAACGAGGGAGUGCAGAGGCGCGAAUUGCUACGAUGGACAUUCUCGUCAAGAUGGCGAGGAUCAACCGCAAAUGGAUCGAUGCGCUCGGCGAUGAUCAGAACACUGAGGUCCUGAAAUCGCUGCUUGACCUCCUGUCCGAUGAGAUCUCAACCCGCAAGCUGAGCUCGCUGUCGCUGGAAGUGCUCCUUUCCAUCGUCGCGGGAUCGAAGGGCGGCCGAUCGAGAGCCGUCGACGUCGGGGCGGUGCCCGUCCUGAUCGAGCUCCUCCCCGAUGCCGACCGCCACACAUGCGAAAGGAUACUGCUGCUCCUGAAGCGGCUGUGCGAGUGCCCGGAGGGGCGGUCGGCGUUCGCGGAGCACGCGAUGGGGGUGGCGGCAGUGGCGAAGAAGAUACUGCGGGUGUCGGACGGCGGGACGAAGGUUGGGGUGAAGAUACUGUGGCUGGUGUGCAGCUUCUUCCCAACGGAGAAGGUGCUCGACGAGAUGAUGGCGUCCGGCGCGGUGAAGAAGCUGCUGGCGCUGGUGCACGUUGACGGCCGGCCGUCGACCAAGGAGAAGGCCAUCAAGAUCAUCAGGAUGCAUGGGAUGACAUGGAGGCAGUACCCUUGUUUUCCCGGGGAGUUAAGGGACUACUUGAGGUUAAUGCAUGAGACAUGUUGAAGGAUUAAUUCAUGAUGAUCGUGCACGGGAGCAACAGUGUGCUUUAAUUGCUGCAGAAGAAAAGAAGCCUAAUUUGAAGGAGUUAGUAAUUUAUAUAAUUAUAAUAUUAUUUUAUUUGCUUCUAUUUUUUUCUCUUACAAUGAGAAAAUUUUUUCCUAUUCUUAUAAUUUUGACACCCUAUUCAUAAGAGUCACAAAUUUCAUUGAUAGUGUAAUAAUUAAACCUUCUUUCUAUUA